AUGGAAGAGGAAAUGUCAGUGAGGGGACGUGGUGGAGGAGGGACAAAGUGUGGGCGGUGGAAUCCCACAAGUGAGCAAGUCAAACUUCCAACUCACUUGUUCAGGUCAGGACUCCGUACCCCAACCACUGAUCAGAUACAACAGAUAUCUUCCCAACUUAGCUUUUAUGGAAAGACUCAGAGUAAAAAUGUCUUUUAUUGGUUCCAAAACCAUAAAGCUCGUGAAAGACAGAAACGUCAUACGGUUUUCCUCGAUGAACCAAAAGAGGAAGGACUCCAUUUCUCAUCAUACCAAGACAACAAUAUCACUUCAACCAAACAUUUUUCAGAAAUAAGCUAUUUUAUCCAAGGAGCCGAGCAGCUAGAAAGAGUGAAAGAGACUUUGCAACUCUUUCCACUGAAUUCGUUAAAUGAAUCAGAGUCAGAGAAGCUGAGGUUUUUUGCAGAAGAAUGCAAGGAGAACGCUGCGUUUUCAUACAAUAUUGGGACCGAAAUGGACCAUCCAACAUUGGAUCUCCGUUUAAACUUCCUGUGA